AUGUUCGAAUAUGAACGAGUUAAAUCUACCAUAUCUGCUUGUACUAAAAAAAUUCAUGGACAAGAUGGCAUGAUCGAAGACGUUCAUUUGUAUUUAAGAAAUUUGAGAGGUUCUGCAGCCUAUUGGAGAGGGGCUUUAAAUGAACUCGUAGCCCAGAUUAAAUGUCUGGGGCCACCAACUUACUUUGUCACCUUCAGCUGUAAUGAUUUGCAUUGGACUGACAUGAAAAAGGCGUUGUUGAUUGUCGACGAUCGCUCCGACGAAGAUCCAAAUGACUUGGACAUUAUAUCGACACAGCGCCUUACAGAACAAUAUCCAGUGAUUGUUAGUCGUCAUUUUAUGGUCAGAGUAAAUGCUCUCAUGAAGUUAAUCCUCCGCAACAAUAAAAUCCUGGGUGGCAAAGUAAAUGACUUCUGGUGGCGCGUUGAGUUCCAAAAUCGUGGCAGUCCCCAUCUGCACAUGAUUAUUUGGAUUGAAAAUCAUCCUUCGUUCGAAACACCUGAAGGAAUCCUAAAACUUGACGAAGUUCUGACCUGUGAAUUACCCCCCGUUGACGAUGAACUUUAUGAGAUCGUCAAAAAGUGCCAAAUACAUCAUCAUACGCAUACGUGUGAGAAAAAUAACUCUGAUACCUGCCGAUUCAACUUUCCCAGAAAAGUUUGCACUGAAACACGCAUCAUCGCUCAUACAUCAGAUGAGUUCAUUCGUAACGGUGGAAGAAUUUGCCUCUUGAAACGCCGACCCAAAGAGAGUUAUGUGAAUAACUAUAAUAAGUCACUUCUUUUGAUAUGGAAGGGCAACAUGGAUAUUCAACCAUGUGGCUCCAAUGAAUCUAUAGCAUAUUACGUCGCUAAGUACAUAUCCAAGUCCGAACCCACACAGUUAAAUUCCAGCAUUGCACAGGCGAUUCAACAAAUCCGCCGAGAUGAGACAAAUAUUUCUCGCAAACUUUUCAAAAUAUGUAUGCGUCUAAUGAGUGAGCGACAAGUUUCGGCAUGCGAGUGUGUUUUUAGACUCUGCCAUUUAAAUUUACGAGACAGUUCAAGACAAUGUGUUUUCCUCAACACCAGAAAACCCGAGCAAAGAUACAGAGUAUUAAAAUUCAACGAAGCGGGAGAUAACACCGGACUGUGCGCAAACAUCUUUGAUAGAUACGAAAAAAGACCUCUGGAGCAUCAAAAUUUCAACUUUGCGAACAUGACCUUGAUGGAAUUCGCCAUGAAAUUUAAACCAUAUUACGCGAAACCACAAAGCAAAGAAUUUGUUGAGGAGAGUAUUGACAUUGACGUUUAUAAUGAUAAUGUUCCCCAUAAGAGAAAAAAAAAAGAAUUGAUUACUUUGAUGGACAAUUGUAAAAUAGAAAUAAGAAAUGUAACUGCUGUUGUAAGAGUUCCAUACUUCGUUGCCUCCACUGAUCCGGAGAAUUUUUACUAUAGUCUUCUUCUGCAAUACAUGCCCUACCGCUCGGAGCAAGAACUACUUGAAGGAUUUAAUUCUUCAAAAGAAGCCUUUCUUGCUCGAGAAGAGGCUUUAAAAAGAAACAGCGAGCAAAUGGAAGAAUAUCGAGAACGAGAUAGACAACUGGAGAAUGCCUUUAACCAAGCUCACGCAUUCGAAAUACUCGAUGCAGAACCGCUUGAAUUGCAGGAAGACGUUGACGAAGAAGUUUUGGAACAACAAAUAAUGGACGACAUUCAAUUUCAAAAUGCAGUCCAAGCAAUGAACUUGCGUCAAAAAGACAUAUUCAAGUACAUUACAUCAAGUAUUCAAGACCAAUUGGGUGGCAGCCAACACCGAGAAAGACUUUUCAUCACUGGCCAAGCUGGCACUGGAAAAACAUUUCUUUUCAAUCUACUGAAAAAUCAAGUCAACCGAUGUUACGCCAAGCCAGUAGUCAAAAUUCGCAUUCAUGUGGACCAAAAGGUGCAAGUGCCAGAGAUGAAUCAGGAAGAGCAUGUGUGA